AGGCUGACUCCUAAUACCUCAUCCCCAUUUUGCAGUCGAACCAAAGCAGCCAUGGCAUCUUCGGACGAUCUGAGCAAGCUCGCGACCCCGCCCAUGUGCACGGCAGACUUUUGUCUCAUCCCGCUCGGCACCCCCACGGCGUCGGUGUCCAAGGAAGUGGCAGAGGUGCAGCGUCUCCUCAAGAAGAGCGGACUGGAAUACUCAAUGCACUCUGCUGGCACGACUCUUGAGGGCUCAUGGGACGAUGUGAUGCGGGUUAUAGGGCAGUGCCACGCCAUGCUCCACCAGAAUGGCAUUGUGAGGAUUCAGAGCGACAUCAGGGUGGGGAGCAGGACGGACAAGAAGCAGGGGUUCAAGGACAAGGUUGCGGCCGUCGAGCAGCUCUUGAGGGAGGAUGAGGGCGCGUGACGCGUGGUCGAGGAUGACUUGUCAGGGCGGCGGAUGGGAUGCAUGAAGAAGAAAUUUGACGUUGCCAGUCCGGCGUGAACACGCAGACGGCACAUGUGGUUGCCCAAGCCACAGGGCGUGGGUGAAACAAGGCUUCUUUUUGCGCCAUUGGCUGUUUGGUGUCGUGGGCCAGUAGGCGGAUGCUGGGGUAGGAUGACAUGGCUAGGAUCGGCUAGUAUUACGUGGAGAGCGUAGGACGACGGCCGUGUCGCAGAUUACCGUGCAUGUGUGUAUGGAUAUUCAUAGACGGCGUGUGUGUAGUGUAGCUGUGCUGGCACUGGCAAGCGACGAGGGGCCAGGGCAUGUGAAACGGUCGGUCGAGGCUGCGGCCUGU